AGAGAGAAGUCCUCUGCUCUUAUCAACACUAUACAGCCUGUGGAGCUCUCAUUGCACCUCUGUCCUCUGCUGCAGUCAUGAGGUUCAAAUUCCCUCUCAUGGCCAUAAGCCUGGAAGUUGCUAUGAUUGUUUUAUUUGGAUUAUUUGUUGAAUAUGAGACACCACAGAAUGCUUCCCAGAAGAAUGCUUCCCACCAGAAUGCUUCCCAGCAGGGUAACACCUCAAGUUCAGCAAAAAAGGACCAAUUUUUUCAGUUGUAUCCCUUAUUCCAAGAUGUGCAUGUCAUGAUAUUUGUUGGGUUUGGCUUCCUCAUGACCUUUCUGAAGAAAUAUGGUUUCAGUGGUGUGGGUUUCAACCUCUUUCUUGCUGCUCUGGGCCUCCAAUGGGGUACGAUUAUGCAGGGCCUUCUUCACAGCCACGGAAAGGAAUUUCACUUCGGAAUCUACAAUAUGAUAAAUGCAGACUUCAGCACAGCCACAGUUCUCAUUUCCUUUGGCGCUGUCCUGGGGAAAACAAGCCCCAUUCAAAUGUUGAUCAUGACAAUUCUGGAAAUUGCUGUAUUUGCUGGCAACGAAUAUCUUGUUACUGAAUUAUUUGAGGCAUCUGACACUGGAGCAUCAAUGACAAUCCAUGCCUUUGGAGCUUACUUUGGCUUAGCAGUGGCAGGUGUGUUAUAUCGGCCUGGACUCAGAUGUGAACACCCAAAUGAUGAAUCUGUGUACCACUCUGACUUGUUUGCCAUGAUCGGAACACUUUUCCUGUGGAUAUUUUGGCCCAGCUUUAAUUCAGCCAUUGCUGAUCCUGGAGAUCAUCAGUAUAGGGCCAUUGUCAACACAUACAUGUCCCUUGCAGCCUGUGUGAUCACAGCCUAUGCCUUGUCCAGCCUUGUAGAGCGCCGAGGCAGGCUGGAUAUGGUACACAUUCAGAAUGCUACUCUAGCAGGAGGUGUUGCUGUGGGCACAUGUGCAGACAUGGAAAUCCCCCUAUAUGCUGCUAUGACCAUUGGAAGCAUUGCAGGGAUCAUCUCUGUGCUUGGAUACAAGUUCUUUAGUCCACUGUUAGCUAAUAAACUGAUGAUCCAUGAUACAUGUGGGGUUCAUAACUUGCAUGGCUUACCUGGAGUUUUUGGAGGCCUUGCCAGCAUUGUGGCCAUAAGCUGGGGGAUGUCUACUGCGUCUAUGGCUAUGCAGGCAGCAGCACUGGGAUCUUCCAUUGGCUCAGCGAUUGUUGGAGGUUUGCUUACAGGUUCCCAAAUUCAGAGAACUUGAUAAUCGCUUCUUUCAACAUGCAAAUCACAACCACGUGGAACAUGAAGUCUAAAAGCUGAUCCUAAACUCUGCAUCCUCGGAAUUGCCAAGAAGAGUCAAAUUUAAAGAAACAAAAACUUGGUAUCCAAAGAGAUAGGCAUGACAAUAGAUAAAUUCCAGCCCCAAAUGGCCAGUGUACAAAUGUGUUUAGUUUUACUAUUAUUCCAUGCUGUCCAAAUGAUUUCUCAGUUGACAGGAAAAUGCUCAGAAAGCCGUCUAUCCCAGGCUCUAAGAAUGAAGUUGCAAAUGGAUAGCUUCAUCGAGAAUGUUUGAUUGUAUCAUUGAUAUCUUGCAAAAGAGAUGAAUUAUAGAAAUCAAUACUUCUUGAUCACAUCAGACUUUAUCCACUUUUUUGGUUAGUUUACAUCUUUGUGCAUGUGUGUCAUACCCCUUCCCCUACCCUCUGCACAUCCCUACCCACUGCAGUUCCUCAUGAUUCCCCACUCCCUCCAUCUGGGUCCCUUCCUCCCCUCAGUUAGGUAUUCCUUGUUUUAUUACAUGUAUUCUAUCCGCAACCCUUUAGCUUCCUAAUGUACAUACCAUGUCUUCAGUUCCAAAGAGUUUAAAGCUGAAGUCAAAGGACAUAUUAAAGAGUCUAUACUAGAAAAAUGAGCCGGGUGGUGGUGGUGCACACCUUUAAUCCCAGCUCUUGGGAGGCAGAGGCAGGCGGAUUUCUGAGUGCGAGGCCAGCCUGGUCUAUAAAGUGAGUUCCAGGACAGCCAGGGAUAUACAGAAAAACCCUGUCUCAAAAAUAGCCCCCCCCCCAAAAAAAAGAAAAAGAAAAAGAAAUCUAUGUAAAUAAAAAGCAAUAUUAAUGUUCUAGUUAGCAUCUUUUUAAAUCUUAAAAACAGUCAUAGUAAUGUUAUACUGUUGUUUGUUUGCAUAUUCUUAUCCUUAAUUUCUUUUUAUGGUUCUUAUUUGUAAUAGGAGUUUAAAAGCCAUCUGUUAUAAAAUUUUAAAUGAUUAAAUGUUAUAUAAAAUGGGGUGUUUGUCUUUAUCUCUUCUUUAUAUGAUUAAAUCCAUUUAACAAGCACAUACACUCACACCUCAUACUAAUGUGAUUUAAAAAUAUAUUACUUAUGUAUUCCCUAUAAAAAUCAAGUGUCCUGUGCAUAGUAUAACUUUUAAAAGACUGCAUUUAGAAAAAAUGACUAGCACAGUUAUAUUGAACCAUUUUUAUAAAAAUUAAGAAGUAUUUUUCAUAUUCAGAGCUUUUGAUAUUUUUUACAUCCCCCAGUCCUGAAAUCUUAACAGGAAGCAACUAGGCACCAAAAAAGAUAUGUGCCCUGCUAUGAUCAUAGGGAAAAUUGUGGGCAAUAUGAGGACACAAAGUUAUAAGAGAGUUGAUGGUGUCAAUGUCUGCCUUAUGAACACUCUCCCUUACCUUUCUUCAAUACAGGACUUAGAGCUCCAAAAUUUUGCUUUUUACACUCAGAGUUAACAUUAUUUUAUUCAUGGUAGUACAUUGCCAUUCUUUAAUGGACAGGAUAUUUUCAUUGGGAAGAAAUAACAGAUCAUAAUCUUGAGCAAAUUUGUCCAGAGUUACUGUAGUGAACCCAUUUAAUAAUUACCAAUGGAAUAGUUUAUGUUUAGUUUUUAUCAUUAUGAAGUUCACAGGAAAUAAAAAACAUUGACAUUUUGAAAGGCACAGCAUAAGGUAAGUACCAUCACUUUCUGUCUUUAAUAGGGUAGCCCAAGGUAAUACAUAGAAACCAAUGAUUGUUUUCACACGGGGAAAAAUAACCUUUACUAUAUCAAUAAGUGUAAUCAAAGGCAUAGUACACAUCUAUUUAAUCUAUUUUCUCUGAAAGUUGGUAAAUUAUUUUCAUAUGAGGAUUUAUGUUUUCUACUCAAAUAAAUUCACUUUUCCCGUUCGGUAAAUCUGCUCUGAGUUUAUCAUGAUAUUCACAUGGAAAAUGUAUUACUCUAGUCUUCUACCUUCCCCAUUUUCAUUAUAUUUAUUCACUUUAUCUACCCCUAUUAUAUUGUUUGUUCCAAUCCAGUUCGUUUUUGUAGAUCCAACAAAAUUGUAUGUGCCUGUAUUCUGGCUGUGCACAGGUGUGUAUAUGAGGAACUGAAGACCUAGUUACUUUAACCAUAUUUAUUUGCAGCAGUGGGUUUCUUACUCAAGUUUAAAGCCUAAACUCUGUUUUUUUUUUUUAAACACUUAAUUAACCUAAACACUUUCAUGUCACCACAAAAACAAAAUUCAGUGUGUAUACUCUAUUGCAUCAGUUCACAUGAUAGAACAAAAUUUCAAGAUCUAUUUAUGUGAUUUGUUCCAGGAAGUUUUGUCAGUCUUUGUUCUUGACUAAAGCUGAAGGGGUGACCAAGAAUCGAUAGAUGCAAUUUCAGACAGGUUUGAGAAACUUACCAUUUCACAAAUCUGGAGUUCUCUAGCUCUAGUUUCUACAGCCUUCGAGCUGGCUUUUGCACAAGGUGAGAAAAGUCUGCUGUUUGGGGUCAGGGAGAUUUCCCAAUUGUUCUCCUUUAUUCCAAACCAGUUUUAUUCAGAAUAAACAUUAGCCUGUUUUAAUUCUCUUCUCUGGGUGUGUGGCCUUUAUACAGGUUGCUUUUUUUUUUCUUUACUACUUAUGGAAGGUUAACCUCACACUACUCAUGUACCCUGAGUGACAGUUCAGGAGGCAGUCAGGGAUGCUGGUACAUGCUCACAGUCUCAAGUACCAGGAAACAAGGUGGGAAGAUGGCAAUAAAUUCAAGCCAACCUGAGCUGCAUAGCAAAGGCCUUUCACAAAUGACUAAAAUCACAAAAAUGUGAGUGACAAAAAAAUCUUUUCUGAAUAAACCAAACAUCUGGCCAGUCCCAGGAAACAAUUCUCCUAGAUUAUUACUAUCAACAAAACCAAAAAGAAAACCAACUCAGCAAUCUUCAAUGGGACAAGGCUAUAAAUCUCCUACGCUCAGGAACAUCUGAAUCAAUGUUCCUGACUAGUCUUUCUGAAGCUCACAACUGAUCAGAUUUUUCACUACUAUCCCAGGGACUCAAUUGAGCUGCAUCUCACUGCCAUGAUAGAUCCCAAGGAAUCUUGUCAUGUGUGUAUCAUACAAUAUGGGUGUGCCCAUGUACCGCAUCACACUUCUGGAGGCUGAACAGGGUCUUAUAAAGUCGGUUCCUUCCCUCCACCUUUAUCUGAAAACAGGGAUUGGACUCAGGUUGUCAGGCUUGUACAACAAAUGACUGUAUUCACUAAGCCAUUCCACCUCUCCCAGUAGUCAAGUCUUUCAGUCUGGAAACCUCUAACAGUUUCUGCUAUACCUUUCUGAUGUUCGUGAUCUUGGAUCUUUUGAAAACUACAGGCCACUUGCAUUGACUCCAGGUGAUUUGGAUUUAUCUGGUGUUUCCUUACAAAUUGGAUUCAGGCAAUACAACAUUAACAGCAAUUUAACUUGUAUUUUUUUUUUAAUUGCAAAGGUGAGGUUCUGCAUUACGUUGCUUCCUCCUGCAUGGAACAAGCUUUGAGCUUGUUUUGUCAUUAAUGAUAGUUCUUUGAUCGCUGAUGAAUUUGAUUUUUUUCCCUCUUCCUUAAAGUUUCUUGUUCAGGGAAGACAGGACAGACAAUACAGUCAGUCAAGUGCAUCCCAUGCAGGUAUAAAGACAUGAGUUCUAGCCAAAAAGUCAGUUGGUGACAUACUUUGUAAUCUCAGUGCUGGGUAAGAUCAGUAGAUCUCCAGAUCUCAUGGGCUAACCAAACUAACUUACUUGCUGAGCUCAAGGCUAAUGAGCAACCAUGUCUCAAAAAAAACAAAAUAGAUGGUACUUGAGGAAUGUCACCCAAGCUUAGACGCUGGCCUCCACAAGCAUGCUCACACGUGUGCAUGUGUAUCCACUCCCACACUAGCGCCUACACAAACAUGUUUGCAUACACACAGGAUAAGUAAAUCACUUGUUGCUUUGACUUUGUAAUUAUUAUUUUGUGGGCAAGUAAUGUGAGAUGCUCAUGGUCCCUGUGUCAGCACCUUUCUCCUAAGGCUUUCAGUGUGUUUAUUUACUAGUUGAUAUCCCUAUAGACUUAUAAUUUCUUAUUCAAUUCUUUACAAAAGGUUGUAUUAAACUGUUGUGAACAUGACAUUAUUCCAGAUUUGGCCAGUGUAAACCAUUUUGCGAUGCUCUCUAGAUCUUUCUCUUAUGUGUUUGUUUCUUCUUUGCCUGUGUUAGCUCUGGAAUCAGCCAUUCCUUUAAGUACUAGUUUCUUCAAAUGGUAUUUAUCCUCCGGGAUGUAAAGGUAGUUGUAUCAUUGUUAUUGUGGUGUUUGUUCUCCUUGACCCUCUCUAUUGUCAGAAACAAAUAAAUUAAGUGAUGUGAA